GUCAUAAAGAUGGCGGUGGCCUUGUCACCCGAUCAAGAGUUGGUAUAAGAUGAAAUGGAAAUUACGUGGGAACGGAAACUGCUCGCAAUAAAUCGCUCGGUUUAAGUGUGAGUGACGGCAACGAAGGCGUUCCUCGACGCGUUAAGUGAAACCGGUGCGGCGUGCGUUUCGCGAGCGACCGCGAUCAAGUUCCUGCUCGCGCGCAAGUUCGAUGUAGCGCGCGCACACACACUGUGGCGGCAACACGAGGCAACGCGCCGGAGGGAAGGACUCAUCAAAUUCGAGCCCUUCGAGGAUCCACUGAAAAGCGAACUAGAGACUGGAAAAUUUACGAUAUUGCCCACGCGAGAUGCGACGGGAGCAGCGAUUGCGGUGUUUACGGCGAACAAGCAUUUCCCUGCGCUAACCACACAUCAGACAACCCUACAGGGCGUGGUGUACCAGUUGGACGUGGCGCUGCAGUCCGUCGACACACAACGAGCUGGUCUAGUUUUCAUUUACGACAUGACUGACUCCAAGUACACCAACUUCGACUACGAGCUUUCGCAGAAGAUACUUACUAUGCUCAAGGGUGGUUAUCCAGCCAAACUAAAGAAGGUGCUCAUUGUGACAGCACCACUGUGGUUCAAAGCACCGUUUCGAAUUCUUCGGCUGUUUGUGCGUGAGAAGUUACGCGAGCGCGUACACACAGUGAGCGCGCCGCAACUCGGCGUGCACGUGCCGCGUGCGAGCCUCCCACGACAACUCGGCGGGCACCUGGAGCCCGAUCACAGUGCUUGGUUGGAGUAUUGCAGGAACUGUUACACGAACAACCUGAAUACCAAAUUGGACGGCGUUAUAGACGAUUAUGUGAUAAGUAAUCACUUACCACACGUCAAAACGCAAAAUGGCUUAAUAGAUGCGGAGGUUCCGUGUGACAUGACCAGCGACCGCGGGGCGCGCCUCGACAACGGUUCCGACAUCAUGCACAUCAGCGGCGACCCGCCCUACACCUGUGACCCCAGCCCGCUCAGACACACGCAUGGCUACAAUGGCGAAAUGAAGGCCGGACACAUAAACUCUGGAGACGAAGACGAUAUAGACUUAAUAACGCGCGGCACGUGGUCGUCGGGCGAGGCGUCGCCGGGGCUGUCGGACGAGGAGUGCGGCGGCGGCGGCGCGGGCGAGGCGCCGGGCGCGCUGCUGGCCCGCGUGCGCGCGCUGGGCCGCCGCGGGCUCGCCGCCGAGUACGACGACAUCCGUGCGCGCCCGCCCGCCGGCACCUUCCACCACGCCAAAUUGCCCAGCAACCUAGCAAAGAAUAGAUAUACGGACGUGCUGUGUUACGACCACUCGCGCGUGUUGUUGUCGCAGCUGGACGACGACCCCAGCUCCGACUACAUCAACGCCAACUACGUGGAUGGGUACAAGCAGCGGAACGCGUUCAUCUGCACGCAGGGGCCGCUGCCAAAGACGUUCGGCGACUUCUGGCGCAUGGUGUGGGAGCAGGGCAGCCUCGUGGUCGUGAUGACGACGCGCACGGUGGAGCGCGGCCGCGUCAAGUGCGGCCAGUACUGGCCCGCCGCGCCCGGCCAGCGCGCCGUGCACGCCGGGUUCGCCGUCAGCACCGAGGCCGUCGACGUGGACGACGACUACACCGUGUCGCACCUGCUGCUCACCGACCUGCGGACGGAGCAGCGGCGGCGCGUGUGGCACGGGCAGUACACGCGCUGGCCCGACUACGGCGUGCCGGGCGGCGGCCGCGCGGCGCCCGUGCUGCGCUUCCUGGCGCUCGUGCGGCGCGCGCAGCACCGCGCCCGCCAGGAACUGGGAGACGCGUGGGCGGGUCACAGUAGAGGGCCCCCGAUCGUCGUGCACUGCUCGGCUGGCAUCGGGCGCACAGGCACGUUCCUGACGCUGGACACGUGCACGUCGCGGCUGGCGGCGGAGGGCGUGGCCGACGUGCGCGGCGCGGUGGAGCGCAUCCGGCAGCAACGCGCGCACUCCAUACAGAUGCCCGACCAGUACGUGUUCUGCCACCUCGCGCUGCUCGAAUACGCGGUUAUGCACGGCUACUUAGAAUCGGCCGACUUGUCCGGCUUCGACGAGGAAAACGAAGAGGAGUCCGAAUGAAGACUGUCGCGAGGUGUCUGCAGCUUGCUGUGAAACACGUGUCCACACGAACCAGCCUCUAGCGCUAAGUCACCUAGUGUUUACUUAAACGUGUAAAUGAAAACGUUCCUUUAGAAAGAGUAUGGACUGACUGGAUCACCUUUCGUCUAUUUAUUUUUCACGUGCGAGACAUCCGUAACCAAAAAGUAUAACCUGAAUCGUUUAGGUGUACUCUCUAUGUUAUUUAUUUAUGUAUAAGAAGUAUGGCUGUGUGAAGAUUUUUCGUCUUUAAUUUAUGUAGAUGUUUAUACUUGUACUGUGAAAUAAUUCUGUCGGUAAAUUCGCAAUCUUACUCGUCCUAAGGGCCUCCGGGUUGGCGAGUCUGAUACGUUUAAUGUGUUGAGGUGCUGGUAGGUUAAAAUCAUGUGUCUCGAACGUUCGAUUCUUCCAUUCGUUACAUCUCGGUGUAAUUGUCAUUUUUAUAACGAAUUAUCUUAUAUACGUGCACUUAAAUAAUACAGAGUAAUUCUCGAAAGCGCUGCAAAUAAAAAAACUACGUAGAAAAUAACGCAAACAAGAAUCGAGUUCAACAUAUAAAUAAAUAUUAUAAUAUUAAUGGUUAUAGACUGAAUACUGUUAAUUUCUCUAAAUUUUUAUCGACGCUUAGUAUCGUUACGAAAUCGUAAUGUUAUAAUAACAGGAACACAAGUGUAUAACUGUGAGACUAUGGGCUCCCGAUGAAUAAAUAUCCUUAUAAUAAUAGUUACAAAUUAUAUAAAUAUAUAAAAUACGAGCUAGUGAAUUGUUAGUUAGAAAUCCAAGUUGUUAAGUUGAAGCGGAAAUGAAUGUUUAUUUUUCAACGGAUAAUAUGUAUUAGCGACAUAUCGUAUCACAGAUGUAUAUUUUGAAUCGCCGUCCUCUCGUACAAUUUACAUAUCGCUCAUUAUAACGCUUUUUUAUUCAAUGAUAUUUCUUUACAAAACAAACGCUUGUAACAUACGCUAAUAUAUCGAUUAAAGGAUUCUAACUGUUACAUCUCGCUCUUCAUCUUCAAAGCUCUUUAUAUAAUUUGCAAGCUUGUACGAUAUUUGUGUUCCCUUAUUCUUAAAACGGGCCUCAGUAUUUAUCGCCUUGAACUGAGAGUUAAAUUAUAGUAUUAUUAUAGAAUAAAAAAUAAACCGGUACCAUUAGGUUUGCGCAUUCAAAAACGUUAUGUUGGCUAAUCAAUCAUCUAUUCUAUCGUCUAUGUAGCGACUAUUACAAAAGGCAGGUCGCUAGGCACACGUACGCGUUUCACUGUGCAAACUGAUUUAUUCAACUAAUAAGCUCAAAGUUAUUUAUUAUCCGAAAGUGUAAUUGAACUUUGAAAAGUAUUAAACUUUAAUUGGUAUAAUUUUAAGUUAUAAAGCCAUAUUUAUAUUAAUGCAUUGAUCAAAUAAAAAAAAUAGUAUGAAUACGUCUGUUUUUUUAAUUUUUAAAGUAUUAAAAUAAUUUAGUAUUAUAUUUAAAUAAAAUGUAAAAACAAAGCAAGCACAUAUUAUGUUUAAAUGUCAUUAGAUGACGUAUUUAUUUUCUUUAAAUUGAACCAAUGUUCAUGUUAAAAUGAUUUAUUUUUCUGAUAUGAGCUUACUCGUGUAAGCAAAAUAUAUCAGAAAAAUAGAGUAUAUAAAUAAAGGUGUGUAGCGACAGGAAUUACAAAUAUAUGUACAUAAAUAAUUAUAAAAAAAUUUAAAUCAUUGCGUGCGUUAUUAUAAAAAUGGCUUUAUUUAGCACAAAUCUGAUGUAAAGCCCGAAUAAGAUUUACUGCUUUAAUUAUUUUUAAUUUGAUCGAUCUUACUUUUCAUAAAAUUAUGUAUAUGUAUAUAAAACCUCAAUCCGCCUCAGAACACAGAGAAUCAUCUUUAUUACCGCUAACUUAUCGAUUUGUUACUGUUUGCACUCUUAAAAUAAAAGUAAAUAUGUAUAUUGAGAUGUAUAAAUUAAUGCAUGUUGACCUCUUCUGAGGGUGUGAACAGAAAAAAAAAACAUUGCCCUGCCCCAAUAAUUAGCCCUAG